GUGGCUUUCUUUUGUCAGUAAUAACGGUAAAACGGUGUUGAAUAUUUGAUGAACGGUGGCAGCCAAAGAGGCGCAGUCGACAGUGUGAAGGUUUCAUUGCUCGUCGGCUAACUCCGUUAGCGUUUGCUGUCGCAAAAACUUUCCAGGCAAGGGGCUUCCUUCAAUCCGCCAUCACAAGGUGUGGAGGAAUAAUAUCACGGGGACAAGCUAUAAGGACUAACACGCUUUAGAGAAUGUAGCCGCCAUGUUGCAGAUGGCUGUGUUUCAAAGCUGCACAAUGGGAGAGGAGGUCUGUGUGCAGAGAAUGUGGAGGUGGGAGAGGUUUCUACAUCCAGACCUGGACGAGUACAGUGACGCCGCAGUGACGUGCACAGAGCUUCUUUUUGGAAUGAGUUGAUUUCUUUUUUUGUUUUUUUUUCUUUUGUUUCCCCUCCUGUUGCCACAUUGACAUACAAACUGAGGGCAGCGGUCUCAAAGGAUCUGUCAUGGACUUGGCGAGAGUUUUAUAAGGAUAUAGAUGUGACUGUAUACAUUUGAGCAACUUUCCAAAGACGCCUUUGGAGUUAGAUUUGGACUUUUCUCCAGUUCUAUAUCGCUGCUGACAGUUCAACAGUGUGGAACCGUCCCGCCUGCAGCCGUCAACCAUCCUCAACUUCUUCCACCCACCCACCCAGUGCCUAAAUAAGCCCCUUUGGGACAAUCACACAAGUCAUUAGCAGCUACUGUGCUCAAUCCUUUGCCUGUUUUCCUCAAUGUGCAUCUGCUCUGCGCCUGCUGGCCCUUUAUCCGCCAAAAUCUUUAAUUUUCUGCUCCCUCACUUUGAGAUUUACUUUUUAUUUUCGUUCCAAGCUAGAUAAUCAGAAUUUAAGCACAACAAUUGCAAUUCACUGAAAAAACUGUCUGAGGCUGUGCUUUUCUAUGCUCAAGCAGGGUUGUUACAGUGAAGACCCAAUUAUCUUCUUGCACCAAACGCAGUACCAUUGAAGCCAUACAAAAAUAUUUAUGAAUUUCCUACACAUAUUUUUGUAUCACCUUGCUCCUGCUUUUUUAUGCUUAAAUUAUAAUUCUGCAUAGACAAUUUUAUAUUUACAUACUAUAAACAUGCAAGUAGAAUUGUAUAUUGUUGUAUGAUUUUAAAGCGUAUAUAUUUGAUUGAGUGUUGUAGUGCUGGCUAGUCUUGCCGACUGUUUCCAUUCAUGUGCUGCUUGCUUCGGGGUAAUCCAUGGCAUCUCCCAGGCAAAUGCCAAAUUUGUCAUAUUAACUGGUCGAACAGCAUUUGAAGUAGCUCGGCAGUAGAUAGGUACCUCUCGCUUGGUCUUCCUCCCAUUGUUCCAUCUCUGAUGCCGGGCUUCAGCAGUGGGGGUGUUGGGGGAGGAGUGGGUGGCCAGGUUUCUGCUCCUCCCCGUCCGUUUAAACCCAGCCGAUAUGUUCCGGUGUCUGCAGCUACCACCUUCCUCGUCGGAUCCACCACACUCUUCUUCUGCUUCACCUCUCCUUGGUUGUACGAAUAUUUCUCCCCCGUCAUUCCCAUUUAUAUUGCGGUGAUCUUCCUCUUCACACUGGCCAACUUCUGUAUGGCCACCUUCAUGGAUCCGGGAGUUUUCCCCCGAGCGGAGGAAGAUGAGGACAAAGAGGAUGAUUUCCGUGCGCCGCUCUACAAGACUGUUGAGAUCAAAGGAAUCCAGGUGCGCAUGAAGUGGUGCUCCACCUGUCGUUUCUACCGACCACCCCGAUGCUCACAUUGCUCGGUCUGUGACAACUGUGUGGAGGACUUUGACCACCACUGUCCCUGGGUGAACAACUGUAUUGGUCGGCGCAACUAUCGCUACUUCUUCCUCUUUCUGCUGUCACUCACCACCCACAUCGUGAACGUUUUUGGCUUUGGCCUGGUUUAUGUGCUGCACCACCGCCAGCAACUCGACAUGCCACAUGCUGCAGUCACUAUGGCUGUGAUGUGUGUUGCUGGUCUGUUUUUUGUCCCAGUUGCUGGCCUGACUGGGUUCCAUAUUGUGCUCGUGGCUAGAGGUCGGACCACAAAUGAGCAGGUGACAGGAAAAUUUCGUGGAGGUGUUAACCCCUUCACAAAUGGCUGCGCUAGGAAUAUUUCGCGUGUGCUUUGCAGCUCACUAGCACCCAGAUAUACGGGUCGUUCGCGGAAGCCUCAGACUGUCGAAAUACAGCCUCCCUUCCUCAGGCCGCCUCUCACUGAGGCACAGCUAGAAGCCAAGGUCCUGGACAAUGGUAUCCAGAAUGAUCGACACAGCACAAGAUCAAAGAGCAGCUUGGAUCAAAUGGAGAGCCAGUCAGCAGACACAGAACCUCCACCUCCCCCGAAGCCAGAACUUCGUUACCCUGGGCUGCCUCAUGGUGACGCUGAGGAAAGCAGCUUGUUGACAGAAGGAGUGCCACCACAGUCUGUGUACAAGUAUCGACCUGCAUACAACAGCCCAGGAAGGAACCACAAUGUCCACACACAUGCCGGCAAGGUGAUUCGCGGGGAGAGUCUCGACUCUCCGUCUCCCUCUAUUCUUCACUCCAGCCGCCAUCCCAGUUACCGUUCGGAACCGAGCAGCCUGGACGGGGCCACAGUGGUGGUGGGUGGUGCGGGGGCGUUCAGAGGGGGAGGGGAGAGGGGUGAGGGCCCCGGAGGCUUAUGCAGGACUGUCGGUGGGGUCUCGGGGGGCAUGUCGGGCUACACCCUGACCGGGCGCUCCCACACCUCGUACCCAUCCUCUCUGGUUCUGUCCACUGGGGGGUCCCACUCCUCCAGCCUGCGCUCGGCGCACAUGGCACACAAUCCUCUGGCCACCCUUCAGUCAGAAGGUACCACAGACACCAGCUACAAAAGUCUGGCUAACCAGACCCCUCGGAACGGCAGUCUGUCCUACGACAGCCUACUCACGCCAUCCGAUAGCCCAGAGUUUGAGUCUGCCGCCCACGAGUUGUCGCCGCAGAAACCUCGCGCCCCGUUCCCCUCCGCGACCGGGGUUGCGGUCAGAGGCCAGCCUGAAGCGGUGUCCCCCAAUUCUCCGCUGCAGGGCUAUACGUCGCCCUUCCUCUCAGCUCAGCUCAGCCAGCAGAGGGAGGGCCAUCUGCUCCAGGGCUCCGCCACUUUCUCCUCCCCCCACAGAGCCUACCUGCGUGCCGUCAGCCCGCCCCCUCUCUCCGGGCCUCCCGAGAUGCUGCACCUGCUACAGCAUAACCACGACUCCUCCUCCUCCUCCUCCAGAGUUCCCCGUAACUCUGUGUCGUCGUCCUCCUCUCCGGGGGCUCGCUCGCCAGAGCCUCCUGUCUCCCCGCCGCCUCGCGGCCUCUCCCUGGGCAAGUCCCAGUCUUACACUGGGGAGGCGGGGCCCCAGCACAAGCUUCGGGCCACAGUGGUACUGGGAGGGGGAGGAGUUGGAGGAGGGCAUCAGGCUCCACAAUCAACCUCUCGCACAGUCUUGGCCAAUCACACCACAUCUAAACCAGGGGGCGGAGUGAAGAAGGUGACCGGUGUCGGAGGGACCACUUACGAGAUAUCGGUUUGAGCGAUAAACGGUCUAUUCCACUGAGUAGGAGGGGAAAAAAAGUCACUGGACAACUCCCACUUGUCUCUUCUUUGAGCUGGAUAUUAUUUACGACCGCUGAGCCUAAAGCCACGGCUGUGAGCGCACCUGCCUGCCGCUUCCGACUGGCCUUUUCAAUCCGGACAAAGACCCCACAUGGCUCUUGUUUUACAGGCACAGACCGUUUGGAGGCUCUUUCUCCAAGGACAGAACAUGCACGCAUACGGUUUGACGUGAUUACAUUAGGACACAGUAUUUUUGACACUUGCGUGUGGCCGAUUGAAUUUUGAGGAGGACAUCUGAGUGUUGACCAACGAGGAUCGUCUUGUUUAUGGACCACACAUCCUGUCGAGUGAAAAGCAUUGAGAGCAUCCAACCUAUAAAACACAGUAUCAUUUUAGUUUUAUAAAUCCUCGUUUUUAAAUAUGCUUUUUAUAUAAAUGUUUAAGAUCUUACAAAUUAUGAAUGGGUCCUUUCGUCAGGCGGUGAAGAUGACUUAUCGAUGAGGGUGGCAAAUGUAUAAUGUGUAUAAUUGUUUAUUUUUCAUUACAAAUGUGUUGCCUGUUUAUAAUUGACGGCUGCAUCAGCCACUCGUGAGCUCUUGCCGAAAUUGUCGUGAUUCAAAGAGUCGACCUCGGACGUGGCAAACAAUUGAGCUUUAUUUUCAAAAGCCACAGAAAAAUGUGGAGUGGAACGCAUCUUCGUUGAAUGUACCUGUGUAAUGUUUUUGUGCUUGAGGCGUUAUGCAAAAUCAGUUUUGUAGCUUUAAGGUCAUCGUCUGUCUUGUUUCGGAUGCUUGCUGAACUGUUUUGAUCCUUUCCAUGGAUGACCAGCCAAUUCGGGGCAGCAAGGGACGGGCUUAUUUAUUUCACCAAAACAGAAAAAGAAAACAUAGUUCAGAGCAAAACACGUCAAACCAGUUGUUUUCGAAGUUUGGAUACAUUUUAAAGAAUGCAAUAUACUAGGGAUGCACCGAAAAUGGUUGACCAAAAAUGGCCCAAAAAUUAGACAAACAACACAAUCAAAAUAGGAUGUUGUUCAUGCAAAAACCCGUCAAGUAAGCAUUCUGGGCAGGCUAGGCAGUCUCAUCUCACUGCUCUUCUUCACUGCCAUGCUUUCUCAAAUGUUAGGGAUCAUCCGUAUUAUGUUACGGAAACACUCAUCGUGAAGGCCGUAAUAUUGGUUAUUCUGAGUUUUUUUAAAAAAUCGGGGUUGAAAACCAGCAAAAGUAGUUGGUAGAUAAUUGCGAUAUUUGACAACACACCAGACACGCUCGUUUUGUUGUGUUUUUCUCACAUUUCAUAUGCGUUCAGAGUGGUCACCUUCACCGAGGGGUUUUCCCUCCAUUUUGUAAAAUGCUUCAAUUCAACACCGAGCGAGGGAAUCUAGAGAAUCUGCCGCCCAGCCGCUGCUGGCUGAGCAGACAAUGUCAUGGGUGCCGAAUCGAAGCGUUUUACCGCAACGUAUGUACUGUAUGUCAUUUGCUAGUCAUUUGGAGGCCCAAGCCAAACAAAUUGUUCUGGAAGUGAAUUUGACAGCUCUGCCUGAUAACAUUAGACCGAAGACGGGAGUGUCAACCAGUCUGCAAUUACAUCUAGUGAUCAGAGCCUUUGAGACAUGUAUUUUUUUGUUCAUUCUUAUUCAAACUUUGUUUCAUCUGCAAUUCACUGAUUGGCAAAGAACGAAAAUCUGGAGCGCCAGGGGAAACAUUUUACAGUACAAGCGAGCUAUGAUAGUGAUGUUUCUGUCCUUAACACACUGCAAAAGUGCACCCCUGCCCCUGCCUCUGUGUCAGGUCUCCCAUUAAGUUAGGCAGUGAUUUCCCUUUCACAAACCAUUGGAGCUACUUUAUUUCUCUGUUUCGUUCAUAUCUUGGAUGUUGCUCAUCGUGCGUGCGUGUACGCACACGUGAUAAUGGAUUGAUCACGGGUGGUUGGCUGCUUGAAAAAUAGAUAUUUGAUCAAAAAAGGUUGGGCACCCCUAGCUUAGGGCCAACAAAAAAAAAAACAGACAAAGUAUGUGGCGCAUCACUGUCGUGGCCGCUCACGGUGCACCUUGGUUGGCCACCGAGGACUGCCUCUAUGGUGGCCGUGAAUUUGUUCGCAUCACUCUGACUUUGUAAAGUUCUUGUACUUUAUGAAGCAUCAACUUGACCUUUUAUGCUAGCCUCAGAAAGCUGCUUAUUUUUAACAAGCCUGCUGUCGUACUGUUCUAAUGCACUCAUCUGAACGAGCGGCGAGAGUUUGCGCACGUAGCGAAUGUUAUUCUUUCAUCAGGGUUCAUUCAAGGUCACAAUCGGUUGCAAAUAUGUUCGCCCAGUUUUGCAAUUUAAUUUUGAACAUGUUGAAAAUUUGAUGGCAAGAAGAAAAACUGUUUGCAACCAUUAAAUCUGCCGCACGAAUUUGCGACCUUGAACGAACCCUCACGAAAAAAUACUGUAACUCACUACGUGCGCACAUACUCGCAAACCCACUCUGCUCAGUGAGAUACGGGCUCAAAACAGUACACCUACAAGCUAGUUAAAAAUAAGUAGUUCGCUGCACUCGUUUUUGCAACUCUUAACAACAUUGAAUGAAACCUGACAAAAA